AAUGCCAUCCACAGAUAACUUCGUUGGUGAGAGCACAGAAGAGGCAGUAACAGUGUUAAACAUUCAAAUUCAGCAUGAAACAUCACCAGCACAUGCACGCAACCCAGUUCGUAUAGUCACACGUAGCACAUCUAGCAAAAAUCGGAAGAGACCUGAAGAGAUACGAAAAUCUCCAGCUAGAAAGGUCCGUAAACUGUUUACUGAAGAAGAGAACAUCAGAUUGGGUGCCAAAUUAAGCGAUGUAAAAGAAAAUACUACUGCAGCUGAGAAAGAGUCCAUAAUUGAGUCAGAUCUGAUGGAGGGUCUGAAGGACAAGGAGUCACAUGAAAAUUUGACAGGUGUUGCAGAUGUCCACCCAUCUUCACGUGAAAGAUCAGUUAGUGUGUCAAAAGAAGCUGAAGAUGUGAAAUACAGGCCUAGUGUUGCAGAUGUCCACCCAUCUUCACGUGAAAGAUCAGUUAGUGUGUCAAAAGAAGCUGAAGAUGUGAAAUACAGGCCUAGUGUUGCAGAUGUCCACCCAUCUUCACGUGAAAGAUCAGUUAGUGUGUCAAAAGAAGCUGAAGAUGUGAAAUACAGGCCUAGAGUUGCAGAUAUCCGCUCCUCUCCAUUUAAAAGAACAGAUGGUUCUGUAGACAUCCGCGCGUCUCCUUUUACAAGAUCAGUUAGUGUGACGAGAGAGACUGAAGCUAUGAUACACAAUACUGGAGAUGUCCACCAACCACCAUCUAGGGCAUCAGUUAGUGUUACAGCACGGACUGAAGAUAUGAAAGGUGGUGCUGAAGAUGUGCGUCCUUCGCCAUCCCGAAGAUCAGCUAGUGUGGAAAUACAGAAGGAAAGUUUCACACGUAGUGUGCAAACGUAUGCUGCAUCAUAUCUUGACAGAGAUUCGCGCCGCCUGUCAUAUCUGGACAGAUAUAUCCCCAGCCGACUUUUGAAGGAAGGUUCUGUUGGAUCAGUAGAUCUACAUGCAGGUCCAACUAGAAGAUCAGAUAGUCUAUUAAUGCAUGGAGAUAGUCAACGCAUAAAGAGAGAAAAUUUAAUGCAUGAUGUGCCAAGAUAUGGAAAGUCAUACUUUGAGGGAGAUUUCCAAAGACGACUGUCGAAGGAAGGCUCUGUUGAUGUGCCAAGAUAUGGAAAGUCAUACUUUGAGGGAGAUUUCCAAAGACGACUGUCGAAGGAAGGCUCUGUUGGAUUAGCAGAUCUCCACCCAUCUGCAAUUAGAGGAUCAGACAAUUUGCUGAAUGAGAGAGGGAAAGUGACACCUGGAUCAGCAGAUCUCCGCCCAUCUGCAAUUAGAGGAUCAGGCAGUUUGCUGAAAGAGAGAGGGAAAGUGACAGCUGAUUUGACAAGACACACAGCAUCAAAUGUGGACAGAGGUCUCCAAAGACAGCUGGUGAAGGAAGGUUCUGCUGAUUCUACACUUGCUACCGAGUACGUGAAAGAUAAUGAAAAAAAGUAUCUGAAUAAAUAUCCUAUGGAAUUUGGAGGAAGACUUGGUACUUUGUUGCUGAUUUUGUUACUGCCUUUAUAUGUCUUGAGUUUGUUUUGUUUUAAUUUGGUACCGGACCCAACAAAAUUUGAAGUAUUGUUUCAAAUGCAGCUUGUACUGAUUCCUCAAGUGGCUGUUGGAAUAAUAAUGCUUAUAAUUUUCCAAGCUUUACUUAGCAUUGUGCCUAUUGGCAAAGUUGUCAGUGGACCUCUGACUAAGCUUGGGAUUUUGAAAAUGCGGCUUAAUGGGAAUUUCGCAGCCCUGUUUGCACUGGUUCUAACUUCAUCAGUGUGCUACUUCAAAAGGGAAGUUGCUGACAUUGUAGUCAGUGUGUAUAGUGAGGCUGCAGUUUCAGCAAUGCUUGUGGGAAUUGUAUUUUCUCUAAUUCUGUACAGAAGAGGUGGUAAAUUGCCUAUCUCCUAUCGUAAUCCAUAUGGAUCAAAAGGCUUUAUGUGGUAUGACUUCUGGAUGGGACGAGAAGUUACUCCUCGUAUUGGAAAAUUCGAUGUAAAGCUCAUCCUUCAUCGAUUUUCCAUAAUUAUUGUGAUUACACUGAACAUGUUGAUUGCCACAAAAGCAUAUUCGCAGGGAGUGGAAGAAGAAAUAUUAAGAUCUGUUAUAAUAUCUACAAUAUUGCAGUCAUUAUAUUCUUUACACUUUAUUUUUCAUGAAGACCUGUAUCUGUAUUCCUUCCUAGCUAUCUCAGAAGGUGUUGGAUACAUGAUAGCAGUGGGAUUUAUGACAUUUCCAUUCAUAUUGACAUUCACUACAAAAGCUAUCUUGGACUAUAGAUUAAAGGCAUCACUGACAGAAAUGUAUAUUGUACUGUGUUCCUAUACAAUUGGACAAAUAUUAUUACAGUCGAGCAGCCACAGGAAAAUGCUCUCUCUAAAAUAUCCAGUCACCUCAGUUUGGAGGGUGAAUGUGCUGCCUAAAUGGAGUGCUGCUGUUCAGACCAGAGCAUAUAUGGGAGAGAUAAUUAUUUAUUGGGCUUUGGCUUUGGUUGCUGGUACCACUUACCUUGGUAUUUUCAUAAUACCAUCAGCAUUUACAGUUACUGUGCUUUCAAGAGCCUUCAGGGAAUAUAAACGUUCAGCAGCCUAUCAAGCAGGUGAAGUUAACACCAAACAAUACUAAGCUGUAAUUCUCAGUAACUCUUGUGAAACAAGAUCAUGCUAAAUGAUUGUGAAUAUGGGGCUAACUGCCAUGUUCAAAUAUGGAAUCAUUUAUAAAAUGU